AUGAAACCUUGUUCUCUUUCUAUCGCCAUUCUACUGUUGGCAACAGCUUUCAUGUCAACGACAGAAGCAUUUCAACCCGACGCGAAACAAAACGUGUACAAACCAACCAUUGAUCGAUUACUCCAAGACCAGUUGGUGCUUAAUCCUAUUCCCGCCACUACCACUACUACUACUACAGUAGUACCAGUGCCUCCAGUCGAGAAGGAGUUGGAUGCUAAUGCUGGUCCAACCGACUAUUGGUUCCACCCAAAGAUUCACACCUUUGGUAACGUGGGGCCACUAGGAGCCAUUCAUGCAAGUGUCGCACCAUUGGCCACCAAAUUGAUUGACGUUGCGGCCUACAAUGGUGAAAAUGUUCGGGAUCAAAUCGCUCGCGAGUUGAGCUAUUCCAUCAUGUCCUUUCCAUCUACUACUAGUAGCAACAGUGACAAUGCAAGUUCUACCAACCAGCAACAACCCAAGAUUGUUGAUCUGGCUUGUGGAGUUGGCAUGUCGACACGCGCCUUACAAAAGGCCUUUCCACACGCAUCUCAAUUGGUCGCCAUUGAUACCUCCCCUCAAAUGAUUCGAAUGGCCAAGGCAUUGAGCAACCCAGAAUCUUUGGCCUCCCAAACGGUCCAGGUCCUUUCCGACUGGUUGUUUCGUAUCAAUGACAUGACUCCACCUCCAUCAUCCGUGGACGAAGUUCUUGGGGACGAAGCCUUGUGCGAUAUUGAAUACAAUCUAGGCAAUGCCGAAGAUACUGGUUUGGAAGGCGGAACCUUUGAUUUGGCUACUAUCAUGUACUGCUUUCACGAAGCGCCCUAUUGGGGUCGUUCUCGCAUCCUCCAGGAGGCCCAUCGAUUGUUGGCGCCCGGUGCUACACUGGCCAUUUUGGACAUUAGUCCCACCUACGAACCCAGCUUUUCCAUGCUGGCAGGCGAACCCUACGUCUUGGAAUACAAAGAAAACAUUCAAGUCCAACUAAAAGAACAAGCAAAAGGAUUCCAAAACUGCCGGUAUCGUGAAGUUGUGGAAGGGCAUGUCGGCCUGUGGCUCUUGGACCGAGAGUAG